UUAAUUGUGCAUUGUUCCAAUCCAGUACAGCAUAACAGAAGCAACAGUAGCAGCAGAAGAAUCGUUCUUACAAGAACCAUUGAAUCCGUUCUUGUCGUGGACUUCACCAGAUCGCCAACCAUGAAAGUGUUUGUAGUGUUAAGUGUGCUGUUGGUGGCUGCUUCGGCGCGUCCAGAACCUCCGGUGAAUGGCGGUUAUCCGUCUUACUCGGCGCCAUCCUUCAGCUCGGCCGGUGAUCUGGGGCCGUAUGCUUCAGGCGGUCAAGGUGGCGGUGGCGGCGGCGGCGGUGGUUACAACUACCAACCAGCCACCCAGGUCGUCCAGAAGCACAUCUACGUUCACGUGCCACCCCCGGAGAAGGAAGAAGUCAGCUAUCCCCGGGUGAUUCAGUCCGGCACUCCCCAGAAGCACUACAAAAUCAUCUUCAUCAAGGCCCCGACCCCACCCAACCCAAAGCCCCCAGUCAUCCCACCACCAAUCCAGAACGAGGAAAAGACCCUGGUCUACGUUCUGCACAAGAAGCCCGAGGAACCGGAGGAGAUCAUCCUGCCAACGCCACCACCAACCAAGCCAAGCAAACCGGAAGUCUACUUCAUCAAGUACAAGACCCAGAAGGAGAAGAAGCCCGAAUACGGCCCACCCAAGCAGGAAUACGGAGCCCCAUCGGGAGGAGCCGGUGGCCCGUACUAAAUGCUCUCCAACGAGAGAAACAGCUGGACCCGGACCGAAACGCGGACCUGGACAACAACCACAACGGAAGCGGCCGCCCUCGACAACGGAUACUGUUAUCGAUUCUAAUGAUACUGAUGCUGCUGAACUACCAACGCAAAACAUGCUGACCAACUGGUGCGAAUGUGCGAGCGAGAGAGCGAACGUAAAUCCCAUUUUAACAUUUUUGUUCCUAGCAUUUAAGAUUAUGAUUAUUCCAAACUGCGGACGUUUUGGUUUCAACAAAACCGUGUCGCAGUUUUGCGCUUUUUACGUGUAUAUAGGAUCGUAGUAAUUCCUAUGCAAACAUCUGUUAUUAGCGAGCCAUAGUCGAAUCAAUCAUUAUUAUGUUAUUUAUUACGUUAUUGCAUACAAACAAGCAUAUCUAGUUGAAGUAAAAAAACAAACGGUGACAAAUUUAAGAAAAAAAAUGCUUUGUCA